AUGGCCACAGGAGUGGCUUCGAUGAUCUAUACAACCCGUGAUUGGAACGUCAACGCGUGUUACCUGUCGAAAGACUACAACAUCGUGCCCUUCUCGCAGUUCAAGCACGGCGUCUCUGAGCCGCAAUACGGAGAUCGAAAACUGGCUCAAGGUCCACCACACGCCACGCUCGACCGACGCACUGCUGCUGGGGGAUUCUACGCCCUUUUCCAGUUGAGCCAGAGCUUUUUUUAUGUCCUUGACCUUCUUCAAGGUCUGCGAAAUGUUCUCAAAGGCUAUCUCGUUACCGGAUUGCAGGAGUACUGA